CUCCACAACGCUUCAUCAAUCGUCUCCCUACAACCCUCUACCACCACUUACACUCACCCAUACCAUCCCACUCACAAUGUCCGCACCACCACCCAAGCGCCAAAAGCGCGAACAAUACAUCAAAAGGGCAGCCGCAGCCGCCCGCAAAGAAACACCCGGCAAUGUCAAACUGCCCCAGAAGAAAUUCUACCGGCAGCGUGCGCACGCGAAUCCCUUCUCAGACCAUCAGUUGGACUACCCCCUCAGCCCAGCCCACAUGGACUGGUCAUCGCAUUACCCAGCAUACGUCAACCCCGACCCGAAACAGAUGAAUCUAGCGGGCGCCCGGAAACUCCUGAAAGAUGUCGAAGUCGUGGACAUCGGAUGCGGGUUUGGCGGUUUACUCGUCGGCCUCGCGCCAUUGCUACCGGAAACCCUGAUGCUUGGCAUGGAAAUCCGCACCCAAGUAAUGGAAUAUGUCCGCAACCGCGUCCAAGCCCUCCGCAUCCAACAAAAGAAACUCCAAACCCCCGAAUCCGCGGCUCCCUCUACCCCCACCGAACCAACGGCCGAUGCAGAGGCAGAGGCAGCCUCUGGAUCAGCCCCAACCCCCGACCCAUCUGGCCUUGUCGCGGGCGGAUACCAGAAUAUCAGCGCUUUGCGCAGCAACACGAUGAAGUUCUUCCCGAAUUUCUUCCGCAGACACCAAUUAUCGAAGAUCUUUAUUUGCUUUCCGGAUCCGCACUUUAAGGCGAAGAAGCACAAGGCUCGGAUUAUUUCGGAGAAUUUGAAUGCCGAAUAUGCCUAUGCAUUGAGGCCUGGUGGGCUUUUGUAUACGAUUACGGAUGUGGAGGAGUAUCAUCAUUGGGUGCUGAGGCAUUUCCGGGAGGAGGGGGAGCGGCAGGGGGUUGAGGGGGGAGUGAAGGAUCUGUUUGAGCGGGUGUCUGAGGAGGAAUUGGCUAAUGAUCCCUGUGUGGAGGUUAUGAGGGAGGCGACGGAGGAAGGGAAAAAGGUUACUAGGAACAAGGGAAACAAGUAUGUGGCUGUUUUCCGGCGCAAGGCUGAUCCUGAAUGGACUGCUUGAUGUUACUAUGUUAUCUCUAGCCACGAACAUAGAUCUUUUGAAGCCAUGAUGUAUGUAUAUUAGUUUCAGUUGCAAGAUCCUAUUGGCCCGAAAAU